AUGAAAUCGUCUUGCCCUUUUUGCAGCAAGAGGUACAGCUCCUCCGCGAAUUUUGACAGACAUCUUCGAACGAUCCAUCCUUUGGAAGCAGAUGAAUGGCUGGGAAAUCAAUAUUCACUGCUGGAGCACGAUCAACCUGCAGAGACCCCCGACAACACUGACGAGAGCCCAGAGUGCAUUCCCGAUUACUAUUCAGACACGCAUUACGAUUCAGAGUCGGACAUUUUCGACCAAGAUUCGGGUAACAAUUCGGACCUUGAAUCCGAAUCAUAUUUCGUGAUGGAAGAGGCAGAUGGCGAUUCAAAUGGGCAUAGUAGGGCAUCUACGACAGUUUACGAGGGUGCUGGGGAGCCACUUUACCGCUCGGAGGACCACGACGAGUGCUCACAGAGCCUUCUCCAAUACCCAUGGCACCCAUUCCGGUCAGCAUACGAGUUCAGAAUGGCACGCUAUUUCACACUGUCCAAAGCCUCACAGGGGAACAUCGACAGCUUCUUUCUACACGCUCCGCCGAGUAGUGGCGAGUGCUCCUACAGCACUGGGCGGGGUUUUAUCAAGAAGUUGGAGGAAAUGAACGAUAUACUGGGAAAGGCGAGCUGGAAUCAUUCGGAGGUGGAUAUUGGGGGGGAGAAGAUCUCUUACUACUACCGGGAUCCAAUGGUAGUCGUCCGAUAUCUUCUAGGGCAACGUGCCUUCCGGGAGUCAUUGGUGUAUUCGCCCGUGGUGGAGCAUAAUGAAUUCGGCGAGCGAAUGUACGGGGAAAUGCAUACGGGAGAUUGGUGGUGGGAGAUACAGAAUACGUUACCGGAGGGGUCCACUGUCGUACCAAUUAUCUGCGCGUCGGAUGGAACACAUCUGACAAAUUUCAGCGGGGACAAGAAAGCCUGGCCAAUCUAUCUUACCAUCGGGAACAUCAAGUCGUCGGUGCGCAACAAGCCUACAGGGCAUUCAUUCAUUCUCCUAGGGCUGCUACCAGUGCCACCGAAGCUCGGAAAGAAUACAACACUCGUUAACUCCGUUUUAAGACGUCAGAGUCAAAUGGCACUGCAUCGUGCCCUUGGGGAGAUCUUUCAAAGCAUUCGCGAGUGCUCUCAGGAGGGCGAGCUAAUCAAAUGCGCCGACGGCUACGAACGACUAUGCUUUCCGGUGCUCUCGGGCUGGAUCGCUGAUCAACCCGAGCAUUCAAACUUGCAAAACAUUAGCACUAGUGCUUGCCCGAGAUGCGAGGUGGAGUUUCACAAUCUUGGGAGCACUCGUCGAAGCUCUAUGCGCAAUCACAAGGACUACAGGGAGAGGGUACAGCUAUUUGGCGAGAACCCGGGCAAUCUAGAACCGGUAGAAUACCUUAUUGCGAGAUCCGUCAAAACACUCUUCAAUGCUUUCUGGGGUAUGCCGAGGGUUAAUCCGUACGAUCUCAAUAAACCGGACAUACUGCACAAUAUUUACCUAGGGAUGUUGAAGCACAUGAUGGAGUGGAUUCAGGGUUUCUUGAAGAAGCAUCAUCGAUUGGAGGAAUUCGACAAAGCUUGGGCUUCGAUUGCGCCUUACCCUGGACUAGCAGUACCAAACAAGGCAUAUCGUUCUACCACCCAAUGGCAAGGGAAAGAGAUGCGGAAUCUGGGGCGGGUCAUUCUAGAAGCACUCGCGGCUGCUCUGAGAAACCCGGGAGUGGCUGUCAGGAGCGACUUCGCAAAAGCUUUGAAAUGCGUUCGAAGCCUAAUAGACUUACACUUAAUGGCGCAAUAUGGGAGUCAUACAACGAGCACACUGGACUAUAUGGAGAGCUAUCUCGAGGAUUUCUAUAAAUACAAGGAUAUCUUUUUAGACUUCAGGGCGUACAAGAAGACGUUAAAGGAUGCGAGAAAUCGAACGAAAGCAAUUAGUGGCUCCCAGAGCACCCAGCGAGGCUUGGAGGAGAUCCGGGAGAUUCGGGAAAGAUCGCACUUCAACUUCAUCAAAUUGCACGUCUUAAUGCACUACCGCGAGCUUGCCCAUGUACGGCAGGUAAAAGAAGCUUACAGAGCGUCCAACAAGGUUGAUGCUGCGACGCAGAUACUGGACUAUGGAGGGAGACGAUUGGCGUUAGAGAUUCGAAUUCUGAAUCUGAAAGACAUCGUCGGAGGUUCUGAGAGCACUGACGAUAUCCUCUGGAGCCAUCGGGAUAACCUCAAGGAGUUGCUCGACAUUUUCAAGAUCGAGGACCGCAAGAAAACGCCAAAUGAACGCUCAAUAGUAGAAAGCGGACUGCCCCUGAAGCGUCUUUGCAACCCCUCCGCGAAAUCGGAAAGACUUUUCAACGUGGCAGACGGACUGCAAAUGAGCCAUAUCACGCUAUAUCGCCUGAUAAAGGAGUAUGCCAAGGAUACGGGAUGCUCUCAGAGCUUUGCCGGAAGCUCUGAGAGCAUGUUGGAGCGCCGGGUGGAGGUUUUCACAUGCUUGCAGGUUCCGAUACCAAUCUUCCAAAGGCCUGACGUAUACGAGGUUCACAACAUCAGGUGUACGGGAACAGCAUCUUUUAGGAAGGGGAAAAUAAGAAAGGAUUGGGCAUGGGUAUCGGUAGGUUCCUCAGAGCAGUGGGGAGUGUUUCGGGGACGCUUACCAGGACGUGUGGAGGCUCUGUUCAAGGUGCGGGAUAGCACAGGGCACGCACAUAGACUAUGUGUAGUUGAGCUGCUUGAGGCGAAGGAUCGUGGCAUCGCUGAUAGCUCACAUGGGCUGCUGAAGGUCUGUAGGAGGAGGAGGAAGAGGAUGUGGGUCGUGAAUAUUCGGAGUAUGUUAGGAAUGGCCCAUUUGUUCGAGGUGGAUGCUGGCAAUUGGCUGGUAAAUACUAGGAUACAUUUGCGUACGUGGAAUGAAUUCAGUUGA